CCGCUCACAACUGGCCGCCGCCGGACGGACGCGAAGUUGAGACCAAAAUGUCGGCGGGAGGGGGCGCGGCUCAGCACGCGCUCUCGCCUGGUGCCGAGUCGGACAGCGCGGCGGCCGCCGCUCAGUGGUCAGUGAUGAGACACCCAGUGACGGAAGCUGCCCCGGCCGUCGGCGAUGAGGACGAAGGCAUCGGACUGCGCGUGGCCGCGCUGCUGGCCGCCGGCUCCACGAGUCUGGGGGCGGCGCGUCGGCGUGCCGACCGGGCCGCCAGCUCGGAGAGCUCCGACAGUGGCAUAGCGACGCCGGGCGGCAGCGGCAGCGGCAGCGACGUGGCCUCGCUGGAGCCGAGCUCGCCGCUGUCCAGCUGCUCGGCCGCCUCGGACGGUGUGGAGGCGCGGCCGCCGCUGCCGGCCCUGAUGCCCCCCAGCCAGCCGGCCACAGGCGCCCAGUGGGCCCGUCCGCCGGGUCGCAGCCGCAGCCAGGGAGACGCCGCCGCGCCGCCCUCGCUGCCGACCACCACCGACCACCUGCUGCCGGAGAGGCCGCCGGCCAAACGGCGUCGGCGCGCCUCCUCGGGCGAGAGGGCAGCGCGCGGCCCGCCGCCGCCGCCGCCGCCGCCUCCGCCACCGCCCGCCUCAGGCACCCCACGGCCGCGCGUGCAGGAGAAAAUCACCGAGUACUUCAGCAAGCAGAUCAAACACAUAUCGGCGCAGGCGUUCCGCGGCAUGAAGAAGGAGCUGAACUCGGUGAAACACGAGCGGCCGCUGCUGCAGCUGAGGACUGAGCUCGGUGACAGCUCGCCGCUGCCGACGGGCGCCGAGACGCGGCCGGCCGCCGACCGGGACACCGUGCUGCGUGCGCUGAAGAAGCGCAAUGGGUUCCACCCGCCGCGCGCGGCAGACACGGCGGCGGCGACGACCACGGCGCCCGUGUCGACCGGCCGCGCGUCCAGCGAGACCAGUAGCGUCGACUCGGGGCUCGGCAAGGACCGCGCCUCGACGGGCGAGCCGAGCCCGCCGCUGGAGGCGGGUCCGACGCAGGUGCUGCGCUUCCCGGCGCGCCGGCCGGCCGACUGCAGCGCCAUUACAUGCUGCCGGUGGCGCGACUGCGGCGCGCGCCUCAGCUCCCCCACGCAGCUGCUCGACCACCUGCAGACCAGCCACGUGCAAAAGGAGCGCGACGCCGGCAGCCGCUCGGUGCGCUGCCUCUGGCAGGGCUGCAAGGUGUUCGACCGGCCCGGCUCGGCCGCCUGGCUCGAGCGGCACGUGCUCUCGCACGGCGGCAGCAAGCCGUUCCGCUGCAUCGUCACCGGAUGCUCACAGCGGUUCGCUUCGCAGUCGAUGCUGGAACGCCACGUGAACCAUCACUUCAACCCGCCGGCGCCGCUGAAACGUGCCGACUCGGGUGUGAAGACGGCACGCCGCAGCGGCCGGCGGGCACAGGUCGAGCAGCACCCGUACUCGGCGCGCAUAUUCGACUUUUGCGACUCGAGCGCGAUGGAGCGGCUGCGGUACCAGCUGGUGUGUGCCGACUCGGCGCUGGAGCGGCUGCCGGACAUCACCAGCCGCUCUGUGCGGCUCACGGCGCAGGUGAUGGCGCGCAGGACUCUCACCAAUAACAAGCCGGAGGUGCUCGUCCAUUGGGAGCCGGCAGGAGUGGUACAGGACGAGUGGCUGCCGGCGCACCAGUACCGUCCGAGCCGCCAGGUGGCCUGCAGUCAGCUGCCGGCAGAGCUGUGGCAGCAGCUGGCCACCGCCGUCGGCCGGCCGCCGGCCCGGCGCCGCCGCAAGCCGUCCUAGCGCCGCGCCGGCCGCCGCCGCCGCCGCCGUGCUCCCCGUUCCUAGCGCGCCCGCCGCCGCGUCUUCAGUACAAAUGUGUCUCGGCGCAGCCGCCGGCCGGCCGGCCCAGACUGACCAGCAAUGUCACUGCCAGUGGGUGGAGAGUCGCGCCGGGCCGCGCCGCCGCCCUGCCCGCCGGCGCUGUCCGUUUUAUAUCGUUUUUUGUACAUAGUGUGUCGCGCCGCCCGCGAUUGUGUAGUACAAUACCGUCACUGCCUGGUUUCACUGCCAUUACCCCGAGUGCCAUGGCGCCGUGCGGCCGUCGAUGGCGGCGGCCGCCGGCGACCGACCAUCACCUGCCAACCGAUCUCCAACCGCUCCGCCACAUCUGCGCCGCGCCGCGCCGGCCCCUGACCGGCCGGCCGGCGCACCCGAGGCCUCAGUUCCACCUAGUCAGUCCGCGUGUCCAGCCGGGCCGGGGGGCGGCGGUGCGGCCCACUCCGCCCGCCGCCGACCGGCCCGCUGCUCCUCACCGUCUUCCAUUCACCUGCAGACACGUAGACACCCCUCUGAGCUGUCGGCCAGACAGCGGCCGCCGCCGAGCGGGUAGGAACGCGCGCGAGUCCGCGACACCGUGCCCGCGUGUUGUGUGUGUCAGUGUACGUACCCGCGUGUGAUCUCCCCUUUUAUCCCUCUUGUCUCUAACGUCUUCUUUCAUUCUUUCUUUCUUCUCCCCGGACUCCCACACUCUUAUUUCUGUGUAUUUCUGGCCAUCAUCCUUUUCUCCCCAUCCGUUUCUCUCCUUCCUCGCAGUCCGUCCAUCUCCUUGCCGUUUCCCUCUUCUCUUCAUACAUCGAUGUGCGUGUUUGUGUGCGCGCGUGUUUAAAGUUUUAGCUCGUGGGAUGUGAAUGACAGCUCGUAAGGUGCUCGUCGCGGGAAGUUCGUGUCGAGGAUGUGUGGUUAUCCCAGUGACAACAAUGUUAAUGUGGCAUAGUGGAUCAGCUUGCAGUACUGCCCCUCCUCCUGCCAAGGCGGACCUCCUUUCAGAAUCCUGAUUACUGGAUCGCUGAUCUCGAAUUGACACAGAAUGGCUGGCAGGCCCACUGAGAAGCCACUGUGGCGAAAUGGGGCUGCUAUGCAGAGGUGUUUUAUAAGUGAUUGCGUGCAUUCGUGAGUUAAAAAAGCAAUAUGCUGCUAUUGAUUGGCCGGCUCAAUUCAUAUGCUCCCGUUUUAUUUUCAUUGAUUGUUUUUGUUAGCAAUUUUGUUAGUCAUUCACUGGGCUUUGCACAAUGGAGGUGAUCACAUUUUUACACAGGAACACUUCGUGAGGCAUUUUGUUUCGAUCAUUCUCGUUCGGUGGCUUUCGUUCCUUUCCUUGCCCGAUGACCGUUCCUCUGUUCCUUCCCACCGGCCCGCGUCCUUCGUUUCCCGUUCCCUACAGUCAACCGUCCCCGCUUCCGAUCUCAACAGUGCAGCGUAAUGUAGCCGGGCCGCCGCGCCGGGCGCAGGAGCGCCCUGUAUCCUCAGCGGAGUGGUGACCCGGCACUCCGCCGCCACAGAGCCUCUUGUGCCUGACACCGGCAUUGUGAUCGCCUGACGUCGAGCCGCCCUCACCUCUCACACAAAGACAUGUGUGUUACGCUGGUCUCUUUCAUUCGAGGGGGUGUCAGACAACUCCCGGAAUCACUGAACACUAAUUGCUCACGUAUGCGUGUGCGCGCGUCUGCGAGUAUUUAUUGGUGUGAGCCGCUACAGAUCUGUUGCGGUCAUGUGUGCGCGGCCGGUCCACCCCCGUGGGGUCAAAGGGCGUCGCGUCUGGGCCCGGCACGGGUCUUGUCUGUGUGCGCACGCGUGGAGUGUUUGUGUGUCUGUCUGUGUGUGUAUGUGUACAUAGACGGUCGGCUGGCUGCGGCCAUCCAGCUCAGUUGUGAUUAUUCUAACUGUGCGUUUGUAAUAGAUCAGUACGUGCA